AUGGUGGCUUUGUGCGGCACGCGUAGCGUUGUGCUCUUGGGCUCUGCUCUCUUGCUGUCCUCCACCUACAUCUCGGAAGGUAGCGCCUUCUUUUUCGGCGGCGAGCAGAAAAAGGAACCGCGUAGACUCCCACCUAAUGUCAGGAUUUACAACAAGUCUAAUGGAGCUUCGUUCGAUGAGAUGAUUGAGAACAACAAGAAGGACGGUGGCAUUCUGAUCGUCGACUUUUUCGCAGAAUGGUGCCGCCCAUGCCGUCAAUUCAAGGCCACCUUGACCGAUGUUGCUGAGCGCUACCUGCGCGACAAUCUGCUGAUUCUCCAGGUGGACAUCGAGCAGGAAGAGGACCUGGCUGCGACCCACAAGGUUUCUAUGCUGCCUACUAUGAUCAUCUUCAAGGGAGGCGAGCCCGUCAAGCGCAUGAGCGGUGCGGCCGGAUUCGAGGAUAUGGUCCAGCUCAUUGAUGAAGUUAAGAAUAUGGGGAAAGAGGCCACCGAGGCUGUUUCCGAGCCGGCUAAGCAGCAGAAGACGGAGGAGGUGAUUGAGAAGACCGAAACCCAGCAGACUGAGGCUGAGAUGCAGUCGAUCGAAGAGGUUAUUGAGAAGACCGAGACCCAGCAGACGGAGGCGAAGAAGGCGCCCAAGGUGAAGACCGCUAAGGGCCCUAAACCCGGAAAGAAGGGUCAGCACGGCAAGAAGACGAAGAACGUUAAGAAGCAGAACAAAUAA